GCAGUGGACAGUGUGCCGCCAUGGAGCUGGGGCCCCUGGAAGGUGGGUAUCUGGAGCUUCUCAACAGCAAUGCCGACCCUUUCCAGCUCUACCACCUCUAUGACCAGAUGGACUUGGCUGGAGAAGAAGAGAUGGAGCUCUGCUCAGAACCUGACAUGGACACCAUCAACUGCGAACAGUUCAGCAGGAUGUUGUGUGACAUAGAAGGUGACGAAGAGACCAGGGAAGCUUAUGCCAGUAUCGCGGAGCUGGACCAGUAUGUAUUCCAGGACUCCCAGUUUGAGGGCCUGAGCAAAGACAUUUUCAUUGAGCACAUAGGAUUAGAAGACAUAAUCGGCGAGAGUGUGGACAUGCUGGAAGAAGAAGGACAAAAAAGUCAGAAAAGACCCUUUCCUGAGGAGCUGCCUGGGGACCUGAAGCACAGGAAGCUCGCCGAACCCCUAAAUGUGCCCAUGGUGACUGGCACUUUCCUAGUGGGGCCAGCGAGUGACUUGUCAGCUCCGUCCUGCCCAUCACCACCUAUUCUGCUCAACAAGGAGACAACAUCUGGACAGACCCGGCUAGAGGAAAUUGUCCCGAUGCCUGUGCCCGCCUCCAGUUCCUUGUUGAGUUGCCUGAGUCUCCCUGCGGGACCCAUCCACAUCAUUCCCACUCUCCCUCUUCCCCAAGGGCUCUGGCAAAUCUCAGGAGCUGGAACAGAGGUGCCCAGUAUACUCAUCUACCAAGGCAAGAUGUCCCAGGCCAGCCAAGCACCCCCUCCCAGCAGCCCAGCUAUCCACAGCCUCCCAAAGUCCCCAGACAGGCCUGGAUCUACCAGCCCCUUCGCCCCGUCUGCAGCUGACCUUCCCAGCAUGCCAGAACCAGCCCUGACCUCCCGUGCAAAUGUAGCAGAGAACGAGACGUCCCCCACCCAAUGCCCGGCAGCUCACGGGGUCUCCAGCAAGCUUCCAAAAUGGCCUGAGAGUGUGGAGCAGUUUCGCCGCUCACUACGGGACAAGUACCAGGCUGAACCUGCAGGCCCGGAAGGCAUCCUGGUGGAGGUGGACCUGAUGAGGGUACGGCUGGAGAGGAGCAGCAGCAAGAGCCAGGAGAAGGAGCUGGUCACCCUGGACUGGACUGAGCGGCAGCCAGCCCGCAGGGGUCUGGCUGAGGUAUUGCUUGCUGCUACUGACCGUCGGCAGCCGCGUGAGACACAGGUGAUUGCUGUGCUUGGCAAGGCAGGACAGGGGAAGAGCCACUGGGCCCGGGCAGUGAGCCGGACCUGGGCCUGUGGCCAGCUGCCACAGUACGACUUUGUCUUCUACUUGCCUUGCCACUGUUUGGACCAUUCAGGGGACACCUACCGCCUGCAAGAUCUAUUCUUCUCCCUGGGCCCACAGCCACUGCCGGUGGACAAUGAGGUCUUUGGUCACAUCUUGAGGAGGCCUGACCGUGUCCUGCUUAUCCUGGAUGCCUUUGAGGAGCUCGAAGCCCAGGACGGCCUCCUGCACAGUACAUCCGGACCCAUGUUGGCGGAGCCUCGCUCCCUUCGGGGGCUGCUGGCUGGCCUACUCCAGCGCAAGCUGUUGCGAGGCUGCACCCUGCUGCUCACAGCCCGGUCCCGAGGCCGCCUGGCUCAGGGUCUGAGCAAAGCUGAUGCCCUGUUCGAGAUGGCCGGCUUCUCAGCUGAGCAGGCUAAGACCUACGUGCUGCGCUACUUUGAGCGGCUGGGAGCCGCUCACCACCAAGAGAGAGCUUUGGCACUCCUCCAGGGCCAGCCGCUUCUCCUCAGUCACAGCCACAGUCCCACUGUGUGCAGGGCUAUGUGCCAGCUCUCAGGGGCCCUGCUGGCGCUGGGAGAGGAGGCAGAGCUACCCUCCACACUUACAGGCCUCUACGUUGGCCUCCUAAGCCCAGCAGUCCGUGACAGCCCCCCUGGGGCCCUGGAGGCACUGGCCAGGCUGGCCUGGGAACAGGGUCGCAGACACCACAGCACCCUGCAGGAGGGCCAGUUCCCAUCGGCGGAGGUGAGGGCCUGGGCUGUAGCCAAAGGCUUGGUGCAGCGUGCCCCUGGGGCCCCAGAGACCGAGCUGGCCUUCCCCAGCUUCCUCCUGCAGUGCUUCCUGGGAGCCCUGUGGCUGGCUCUGAGCAGUGAGAUCAAGGACAAGGAGCUGCCACAGUAUUUGGCAUUAACCCCAAGGAAGAAGAAGCCCUAUGACAACUGGCUGGAGGGCGUACCACGCUUUCUGGUCGGGCUGGUCUUCCAGCCUCAUGCCUGCUGCCUGGGAGCCCUGGCAGGGUCCGUGGCAGCCACUGUGGUGAAGAGAAAGCAGAAGGUGCUCACCAGAUACCUGAAGCGGCUGCAGCCAGGGUUGCUACAGACAGGGCGGCUGCUGGAGCUGCUGCACUGCGCCCAUGAGGCAUUGGACACUGGCCUUUGGCAGCAUGUGGUGCAGGGUCUCCCCACCAACCUCUCCUUCCUGGGUACGCGGCUCAUGCCUCCAGACACCCACGUACUGGCCAGCACCUUGGAGGCAGCGGGCCGUGACUUUUCCCUGGACCUCCGCAGCACUGGCAUUGAUCCCCCUGGACUCAGAAGACUUGUAGGACUCAGAUGUGUCACCCGUUUCAGGGCUGCGUUGAGUGACACGGUGGGGCUGUGGGAGUCCCUACAACAGCAUGGGGAAGCCAAGCUACUCCAGGCGGUGGAAGAGAAGUUCACAAUCGAGCCUUUCAAAGCCAAGUCCUUGAAGGAUGUGGAAGACCUGGGCAACCUUGUGCAGAUCCAGAGGACAAAAAGUUCCUCAGAAGACACAGCUGGGGAACUCCCUGCCAUCCGGGACCUAAAGAAGCUGGAGUUUGCGCUGGGCCCUGUCUUGGGCCCCCAGGCUUUCCCCAAACUGGUGAGGAUUCUUGAGGCCUUUUCUUCCCUUCAGCAUCUGGACCUGGACUCGCUGAGUGAGAACAAGAUUGGAGAUGAGGGUGUCGUGCAGCUCUCGGCCACUUUCCCUCAGCUGAAGGCCCUGGAGACUCUCAACUUGUCCCAGAACAGCAUCACCGAUGUGGGUGCCCGCAAGCUCGCCGAAGCCCUGCCCUCGCUGGCUGCGUCCCUUCUCAGGCUGAGUUUGUACAAUAACUGCAUCGGUGACGUGGGAGCCGAGAGCCUGGCACACGUGCUUCCAGACAUGGUGUCCCUGAGGGUGCUGGAUGUCCAGUACAACAAGUUCACGGCCGCCGGGGCUCAGCAACUCACUGCCAGCCUGAGAAAGUGCCCUCAUGUGGAGACACUAGCGAUGUGGACACCCACCAUCCCUUUUGGUGUCCAGGAACACCUGCAGCAGCUGGACUCGCGCAUCAGCCUGAGAUGA